UUUUAUUCAUCCCACUCGCCAUGGUCAAGUUCAUCAAAGCCGGCAAGGUUGUUGUCAUUUUGCAGGGUCGUUUCGCUGGCAAGAAGGCCGUCGUUGUUCGCAACCACGAUGAGGGAACCAAGGACAGACCCUAUGGUUAUGCUGUUGUUGCUGGUGUCGAGCGUUCUCCUUUGAAGGUUACCAAGGGUAUGGGCAAGAAGAAGGUUGCCAAGCGCUCCAAGGUCAAGCCUUUCGUCAAGAUUGUCAACUACAACCACAUGUUGCCCACCCGUUACGCUCUCGAGUUGGAGCAGAUCAAGGGUACCGUCUCUGCUGAUUCCUUCAAGGAGCCCUCCCAGCGUGAGGAGUCCAAGAAGGUCAUCAAGAAGCUCUUUGAGGAGCGUUACCAGACCGGCAAGAACAAGUGGUUCUUCAGCAAGCUUAGAUUCUAAACAACAACCACUGCAACUACUACUUACUACCACUACUACUACUACUCUCUCUCUGCUAUCUUUGACCUUUUCCUUCUUUAAACAAGAAGAAAAGAAAAUCAGUAGAAGAAAUUACGAACGAGUGCGAAAAAUAUCAACCUUCCUCAUUUAUUCCAUUGUGUCGACUAUAUAUUUUUUUUAUACAUUUUAUAUCUGUGAUUGA